UAUGAGGCUAUCAAGGCACAAACAGAAGCAAGAUAACACAACACAAUGAAGACUACAUUAUUUCUAGCAUUUUCUUUCCUUCUUUUUGGCUCAACAAUAGCCGAUGAUGAACUUGACCCAGUGCUUGACAUCUCAGGUCAGGAGCUCCGAACAGGCACUGAUUACUACAUUUUGCCGGUUAUCCGCGGCAGAGGUGGUGGCCUAACUCUUGCUAGCACUGGCAACGAGACCUGCCCGCUUGAUGUUGUUCAAGAGCAGCACGAGGUGUCAAACGGUCUCCCAUUAACAUUUUCACCUGUGAAUGUCAAGAAAGGUGUUGUACGUGUGUCCACUGAUCUAAACAUCAAGUUUUCUGCUGCUACAAUUUGUGUACAAUCCACUGUCUGGAAGCUUGACAACGAUGAAUCCAUACAAAAACUGGUUGUGACAACCGGUGGAGUUGAAGGCAACCCGGGGUCUGAAACUCUCAGCAACUGGUUUAAAAUCGAAAAAUUCGAAGAUGACUACAAGCUUGUUUUCUGCCCAGGGGUGUGCAAUAACUGCAGACCUGUAUGUGGGGAUUUGGGUGUUUUCAUUGAUGACGGAAUCAGGCGUCUGGCUCUCUCUGAUGUGCCCUUGAAGGUUAUGUUUAAGAGGGCUUGAACUUAAGUUGUGCCGAUCAACAUUGAUUUCCUUGAUUUACCCCCACAUCCUUCUCACUUUUCAAUAUUACAUAUGUAUGCUAUAGCAAUAAGAUUUGAAUAAUGUAAAUCUUGGGAAAGAUUAUAGUAAUAUAUCACAUACUAGUUGCAAAGUGCAUAGAACUUGGCAGCAAGUUUGACAACUUGCAGACUUUCCAAUGCUUUGUCAUUGAUUACGCUAUAUAUAGAUUUAUAUACCAUUUCUUCGUCUAGGUUCAGAAAGUCGUACUUGUAUUUAUUCAGAAGAAGUGUGUGUAGUUUGGGGAUUGUUGGUUUUCAUGCAUGAUAAUCUUUUCACAUUCAAACUAUAAAGCUAUAUAUACACAUUUGAUCAAUUAUCUAUUGCUAGUUCACUGACAGCAAGCUUUUUGAAAAC